CGUCGUCAAAACAAAAAACUGAAGUUUGUGAAGACAAAAAUAUCUCUGARAAUAACCACUUUGAAUUCUACAUAAUAAUGGCUGCUUCUGAUGAGAGAUUUGCUUUUCUUGCCGAGUGGUAUGAUCCUCGUGCAGCGUUGAUGCGAAAGUACCAACUACUGUUUUACCCAUCUGACAGCUCGGUUGAAAUGUAUGAUAUCAAGAACAGAAGAUUAUUUUUGAAAAGAUCKAUUAUAGAUGGCCUGAAAAUGCAAGACUUGUACAUCGGGGCUAUAGUAAACAUUCAUUCACGACAGCUUACAAUUACAGAUUUUGCUGAUAAUUUUACAUCUUCAAAACUCAAAUCAAUCAAUGAACAAACGCUCGCUAUGAUCAAACCUGAUGCUAUCAGUCAUUUAGGCAGUAUUAUAGAAAUGAUUGACAAGGAAGGUCUUAUYAUUUGUCAAGCUAAGAUGGUAUGGAUGUCAAGACAAGAGGCCUCAGAGUUUUAUAGUGACCAUGCAUCCAUGCCAUAUUAUGAGUGUUUGACUGGAAAGAUUGUCACUGCAAUUCAGGACCAAGGACUUGAAAUUUCAGCCCUUCAAAUGUGUAACUUGAUUCUUUUCCAGGAAAUAAAGUUCUUUUUUGGCUUCAGACGACAAAAUACUGCAAAAUUUGAUAAUUGUACAUUGUGUAUUAUUAAACCUCAUGCUAUGGCAGAAGGUUUGACUGGAAAGAUUGUCACUGCAAUUCAGGACCAAGGACUUGAAAUUUCAGCCCUUCAAAUGUUUCAUCUAGAGAGAGCAAAUGCAGAGGAAUUCCAUGAGGUUUACAAGGGUGUGGUCAAUGAAUACAAUAGUAUGGUUGAGGAGCUUUGCAGUGGUCCAUGUAUGGCCUUGGAAAUCAGAGGUUUAGAUGUUACUAAGACGUUCAGAGAAUUUGUUGGACCUGCAGAUCCAGAAAUUGCCAGACACCUCCGACCACGCACACUAAGAGCAAGGUUUGGCAAAGAUAAAAUCCAGAAUGCAGUUCAUUGUACAGACCUACCUGAGGAUGGAAUCCUUGAGGUGCAGUACUUUUUCAAGAUCUUAAAUCAGUGAAUCUUGCAAGUAUAUAUUACUUUGAUGCAAUGGAUCAGAUUUUUUAAUUUUUGUAAAAUAAUACUGUCCAAGUCAGCAUGUGCAUAAUAUAUAUCUGUGUAUAAUACCUGUAACAUAUCUGUUCUCAAUUAUUCUUUGAUUAAACAUUGGUGGUUUUAAGAAGUGUCUGCAA